CGAGCGGAAAUAGGCCAACGAAAAUUGGGUUCCUAUUUUCGGUUCGUCUAGUCAUUGAAAGGUUUUUCCUUGCAUAUGUGCUAGUGUUUCGAUCAUCAUCGUCAUUCAACUAUCAUCGGUUGAUUGGUGUGGGCCAAAAAAAAUCUGUUUAAUCAGCAGACAAGAAACCAAAAUAUCACAGAAAAGUUUGAGCAGUGUAAAUGUUCUCCGAGGAUUAGUGCCAGUUCACACAAUAUUCAUUAUUUCCGUGCGCUACACGUUGGCGCUAUAUGAGCCUAUUUUGCUUGCUGUCGAAUGUGCUGUCUUUGGGUUCGUAGGUGAAGGUAGACGGCUAAUGUAUGAUGACGUGAUAAAUACAGCUAUUAUUCAAGUCUUGGAAAAAUCAAGCAUAGGAACAUAGACAGAUCCUGCAUUAGCAUUGUAGACACUAAUUUUACUCACAGUGCAGUGAAAUCUAAAAUCAAACAAUAAACAGGCAAUGUUGAAAAACACAAUGAGUGUGAUCAAGUGCGGUCGUUUCAUUCAUAAAUCUUCGGUGGCCACCAACACAGUGAUAGUACACGGUCAUCUUUGUCCCGAGCAGCAGAAACAACAAUAGUAUUGAGAAGCACGGCCAAGAAAAACACUUUUGGUCAUCAUUUAUCGUUCAUAUGCUGGAAACAAAGCGGAAAGUAGCGAAAAUCUUACCAAAACCAGCAGCAGCAACGAAUUUGUGUGAGUGUGUGUUUCAGCACGAAAGUAGGAAGCUGCAACGGGAAGAAGUAGAAAGAAGGGGCAAUAGCAUUAGCAGUGGAAUCCGAUGCAAAUUGAUUGAUAAUCAAAUUAAAUAAGGGAAACAAGCAAAACAAAAAGUGAAGAAAGUAAGACACUUCAACUGCGAGUGCCGUUUCGAUUGUGAGUGGGAGUACGGGAAAAUUUGAGUAGAUUUUUCAAAUCUGCUUGUGGGUCGCUAUCUACUGCGGUUCGUCGCCAAGGGGAAGUACAGACAGACAGACCGUACGCGAGUGGUCUGUCGAAGAAAGGAGCUCUGACUAGCCUUCAAAAUGAGCCGACUAUCGACGCAGAAAAAGGAAGGCAAAAUGCGGAUUCGGGCUUUCCCGAUGACGAUGGACGAAAAGUACGUCGAGUCCAUCUGGUCACUGCUGAAGAACGCUAUCCAGGAAAUACAGAAGAAAAACAACUCGGGCCUAUCGUUCGAGGAAUUGUAUCGGAAUGCGUACACCAUGGUCCUGCACAAGCACGGUGAACGAUUGUAUACCGGCUUGAAGGAUGUCGUGACACUGCAUCUGGAGACCAAGGUUCGGGAGGAAGUGCUACGCAGUUUCAAUUGUAAUUUUCUCCAGACGCUCAAUCAGGCAUGGAACGAUCACCAAACGUCGAUGGUGAUGAUCCGCGACAUUCUGAUGUAUAUGGAUCGAGUUUACGUGCAACAGAAUGACGUCGACAAUGUGUACAAUCUGGGGUUGAUUAUAUUCCGUGAUCAGGUUGUUCGACAUGGACGCGUUCGAGAUCACAUGCGUGAGACACUACUCAGCAUGGUAAUGUGCGAGCGGAAAGGGGAAGCAAUCGACCACAUUGCCAUAAAAAAUGCCUGCCAAAUGUUGAUGGUUCUCGGCAUCAACAGUCGCUGGGUGUACGAGGAGGAUUUUGAGCGACCGUUUUUGACGCAGUCGGCGGCAUUCUACAAGCUAGAAUCUCAGAAGUUCCUCUCGGAGAACAGCGCCAGUGUGUACAUCCGUCGGGUCGAGGCUCGCAUUACGGAAGAAGCCGAACGCGCCAAACUGUACUUGGACGAGAGCACCGAGUGUCGCAUUGUGGAAGUCGUCGAAGACGAGCUGAUUAAGAAACACAUGCGCACGAUUGUAGAGAUGGAAAACUCCGGAGUGGUGUACAUGCUGAAGAACACUAAAACCGAGGACUUGGCCUGCAUGUACAAGCUGUUCUCGCGGGUUUCCGGUGGUCUGAAAACUAUCGCCGAUUGCGUUUCGCAGCACCUGCGUUCGAUGGGCAAGAAUCUGGUGAAGGAAGAGGAAAGCGGAACGAACCCCAUCACGUUUGUGCAAAAUUUGUUGGAUUUGAAGGAUCGAUUUGAUCACUUCCUGCACCACUCGUUCAGUAAUGACAAAAUCUUCAAAAACAUGAUUUCGUCUGAUUUUGAACAUUUCCUCAAUUUGAACAGUAAAUCGCCGGAGUAUCUGUCACUGUUCAUAGACGAUAAACUGAAGAAGGGUUGCAAAGGGAUGUCGGAGCAAGAAAUUGAAACGAUCCUGGACAAAACCAUGGUAUUAUUCAGAUAUUUACUCGAGAAGGACGUAUUUGAAAGAUAUUAUAAGGCACAUCUUGCGAAACGUUUGCUACUGAACAAAUCUGUCAGUGAUGAUUCUGAGAAGAACAUGAUAUCCAAAUUAAAGACUGAAUGCGGUUGUCAAUUUACCUCAAAAUUGGAAGGCAUGUUCAAGGAUAUGUCGGUAUCGAACACGGUGAUGGAGGAAUUUAAGAACCACAUCAGCAACGACCCGUCUGCCCUUGACGGCGUUGAGCUGUCGGUACGGAUCCUGACCACCGGUUUUUGGCCAACGCAGUCGGCAACGCCUAAUUGUAAUAUCCCGCAGGCGCCAAGACGAGCAUUUGAAACGUUCAAACGUUUCUAUCUAGCGAAGCACUCUGGUCGGCAACUGACGUUGCAACCGCAGCUUGGCACUGUUUAUAUGAAUGCGGAGUUCUACGGCGUGAAAGCUGAGAAGGAAAACACCGAUGGAGCCUGCAGUAGUACAGCUGUCGUUCCCUCGACUGUACCCCCGAUGGCACUAGGUGCUCCCAGGAAGCACGUAUUACAGCUCUCCACUUAUCAGAUGUGCGUUCUGAUGCUCUUCAACAACCGGGAAAGGUUGACGUACGACGAGAUUCAACAGGAGACGGAUAUUCCGGGCAAGGAUCUAAUUCGAGCCUUGCAGUCACUGUCGAUGGGUAAACAACAGCAGCGAUUGCUGGUGCGAACGCCCAAAUCGAAAGACAUUGAACCGACAAAUAUGUUCUACGUGAACGAUGCCUUCGUGUCCAAAUUCCACAAGGUCAAAAUUCAAACUGUAGCCGCCAAAGGCGAAUCGGAGCCAGAAAGGAAAGAAACUCGAAGCAAGGUUGACGAAGAUCGGAAACACGAAAUCGAGGCUGCGAUUGUGAGAAUAAUGAAGGCACGAAAGAAGAUGGCUCACAACCUGCUGGUAUCGGAUGUGACCACACAAUUGAAGAGUCGGUUUAUGCCGUCGCCGGUCAUCAUCAAGAAGAGAAUAGAGGGUCUCAUCGAGCGCGAGUAUCUGGCGCGAACGCCCGAAGAUAGAAAAGUUUAUGUGUAUUUAGCUUAAACUGCAAACUAGUGAUCUGUACCACUAUGAAGAAAGGAAUUAGCGUAUUCUACUGCAGACACACACCAAGAGACACACACACACUUACAGAUGCUACAUAUACAAACAGAAACAAGUCUCACACAUAUGCGCGUACACUCCUACAUUCACAAUCGACGCAAACACACGCAAACGGAUUAAAAAAGAAAACGAUUACAAUGAGACACUGAAGUAAUGAAAGUUAACUGACGAAUGCCUGUAGGCUCCGCACAAGUCUGUCGCAUUCGGAAAAUAUCUCUCUCUAUAAAAUUCAUCUGCAUCUAUUCCUCAAAGAAAAAAAAACGUAGGUUCUUCUCAAUUUCUUGUUUUCUUGACUGUUAGUUCAUCCGUUACUAGCCAUUCAGUUGAAGCUAUGUUUACUAUUACAUCAAUUUCUGGAAGAUUGUCAAAAGAUUCAGAGUGCCGGUUUUUACAGUGGCCGAAAUUUCUCUUCGUAUGGUACACCGUUCGUAUGACUGAAUUUUUGACAGGUGGCCGCCGUGUCGUAGUAUGAACGUAGCUUGAUGUGAUAUGUUUACAUAUUAUCUCAUCUUUAUGUGUGUUGUGCUAAUUGUGGGCUUUAGUUUGACUUUGUACAAAAAUAUUCAGAUUGUUGUUUACUUUUUGUACUGUGUUCGACCUACCACAAAAAAAAAAACGCUUUAGCAAGUUUAGUUUGGCCCGAAUACACUUAAAAUGCUAAGUGAAACUAUUCAAGGCCAAUUACAAGGGUCCGCUGGACGAAGGAAAGAAAAUGCGAACAUUCAAUAUUGAAACGAAGAUGACAGUGCGUUUUGAGAGAAGACAAUGAGGAUAUGUAAUAAUUUUUUUGCAAAGACCGGAAGCAAAGGGGGGAAAGAGGAAACAUAUUAUAUAGUAAUAUAGUAAUAAAAGUAAAUUAAUUAUUAAAUUUGAGGAAACAACUAUUAAUAAAUAUAGAGCGAGAAAA